AUGACAACAUUUGCGAGUAGAGACGAAGCGUAUGAACAUUUGACAGUCGAUGGAUUUAUUCCUGGAUACACGGAUUGGAUAGCUCAUGGAGAACUUCCUAGUAUUCUUGCUUCUAGGCGUGAAAACCAACAAAAUAAUGUAGAGGCUUUAGGUGAUGAUGAUAUGCAGGGUUUAGUUCAUGAUGUCUUUGGAGUUCCAAAUGAAGAUGGAUAUACAGACGAUACUAAUUCCCAAAUGGAUUCGGAAAUUGCUAAUGGGCAAGCAAGAGAGUUCUAUAGAUUGAUUGAUGAUUCAAACCAGCCUUUAUAUGAAGGAUGUGCUAAAUUCUCAAAACUAUCAUUCAUAAUCCGUUUGUUGCAUUUAAAGUGUCUUGGGAGAUUAAAUAAUAAGGUAUUUGAUAUGCUAUUGGACUUACUAAGAGAUGUUUUUCCUUAUGCCAUGGUUGGUCUACCAAAGUCUUAUUAUGAAGCUGAUAAAUUAAUGAAAAAGCUAGGACUUGGUUAUGAGAAAAUUGAUGCUUGUCCGAAUGAUUGCACUCUGUACUGGGGGGUGAAUGAAAACAAAACUUCAUGUGACACAUGCCAUAAGCUUAGAUGGUGUACUACUGAUAAAGAUCCCACGGGUGAGAAAAGAAAGGUUGCCCAAAAGGUGUUGUGGUAUUUUCCACUCAAACCAAGGUUGCAAAGGUUGUUCAUGUCUUCAAAAACGGCAUCCCAUAUGAGAUGGCAUGCUGAAAGUCGUACGAAGGAUGGGUAUAUGAGGCAUCCCGCCGAUUCCCCAGCAUGGAGCACAUUUGAUAGUUUGCAUCCUGAUUUUGCUGAGGAAUCUCGCAAUGUUCGAUUGGGAUUAGCGUCAGAUGGAAUUAAUCCCUUCAAAAAUAUGAGUGUAUCACACAGCACGUGGCCUGUCAUAUUGUUUCCAUAUAACCUUCCUCCAUGGAUGUGCAUGAAAGAGUCUUCUUUUAUGUUAUCUCUAUUGAUACCCGGUCCAUCAGCUCCUGGACAAAAUAUUGAUAUUUAUUUGCAACCACUUAUUGCUGAUCUAAAGGAUUUGUGGGAAGUAGGAGUUGAAACGUAUGACGCAUCUAAAAAGCAAAAUUUUCAGCUACGUGCUUCAUUGUUAUGGACAAUUAGUGAUUUUCCAGGAUAUGCCUAUUUAUCCGGAUGGAGUACCCAAGGUGAAUAUGCAUGUCCGGUAUGUAACAAAGAAACACAUUCUAUUAGACUGAAACAUGGUGGAAAGUAUUGUUACAUGGGGCAUCGAAGAUUCCUACCUAAAGAACACGAGUUUCGGAAGAAUAGACGACUCUUCGAUGGCACCGUUGAGUUUGGAGAAGCACCGCAACAACUAUCUGGCGAUAUGGUGAUGGAUGACUUGAGAGACUUUACUAUGAAAUAUGGUAAGCUAGUUAAAGAUAAUCCAAAGCUUUUCAGUUGGAAAAAAAAGAGUAUAUUUUUUGAGUUGCCAUACUGGAAAGAUAAUAUGGUUCGUCAUAAUCUCGAUGUCAUGCAUACUGAAAAAAAUGUCUGCGAGAGCAUCUGUGCCACAUUGUUGGAUUUGGAUGGUAAAUCAAAAGAUAAUUAUAAAUCACGCCAAGACUUGGAACAGAUGGGAAUAAGACCUGAACUUCAUCCAAUUACUAAUGAACGGGGAAAAGUUUAUUUACCUGCGGCAGCUUAUACAAUGAGCAAGAAGGAGAGAACAAUAUUUUGUCAGGUUUUGAAAAAUCUCAAAGUUCCUGAUGGUUAUGCCUCAAACAUCUCAAGAUAUUUGGGCACAUUGAAAUCAUAUGUUCGUAAUCGAAGUAAACCUGAAGGUUCGAUUGCUGAAGGAUAUCUAGCAGAAGAAUGUUUGAGAUUUUGCUCUUUGUAUUUAGCUGACUAUGUGGAGUCAAAGUUUAAUCGAGCAUCUAGGAACGAAACUAUUACAGAUAAUACAAAAAUAGGAUUAGAUGUAUUUACGAUUAACGGUCGUUCUCUUGGAAAAGGAACUGCAAUGAGAUUAGAUGACGUAACAUUGAAGAAAGCUCAUCAAUAUGUAUUGUUCAACUGUGAGGCUGUCAGACCAUACAUUGAGCAAUAUUGGGCAGUAGUUGAACAAUCUCAUCCUCACGUUGCACGUCAUCAGUUGGAACGUAUCCACAGUGAAAGGUUUGCUGGUUGGUUUGCUCAAUAUGUUGAAGGGUUAACUGUCCAUGUGGAAAAUCCAACAUUAAGAGCUCUGAAGUUACUUGCUCGCGGGCCUAAUAUAAUUGGAGUGAAAUAUAAAAAGUAUAUUGUAAAUGGUUUUCGGUUCCACACGAAAGAUUUGGAGUGUACAAAGAAAACACAAAAUAGUGGGGUGCGUGUUAAAGCUACAACGUCAAGUUUUUCAAGUACUAGGGAUCAAAAUCCAAUCUUAAGCGAGUUGGACUAUUAUGGAAUUCUAACCGAUGUCGUUGAGCUGGAUUACAAUUGUGGACAUAUAGUUGUGUUAUUUGAUUGUGAAUGGGUGUCAAAAGGAAAACGAUUGAAGAUAGAUGCUGAUGGAUUUACAUUAGCUAAUUUUUCAAAUGUGAUACGCCAUAAUGAACCAUUUAUUCUUGCAUCUCAAGCUGAGCAAGUCUUCUAUGUAGAGGAUCCAACUGAAUCACAAUGGAGCGUAGUUGUCUCUGCUGCAGCACGAGCUCAUUAUGACAUGGAACCUAUUAUCGAUGUGGAGACUUACUUACAAAGUAAUAUUUGUGUUCCUGCUGAUAGUAUAGAGUCGGAUGACUUUGGUUGGGUUCGUGAAGACAUUGAUGGAAUAGAGGUUGACUUAAAUGAAUGA